AUGUCUUCUUCUGAUGAUGAUAUGCCCUUGGCAAGAGCAAACGGAACCAAUGGCAAUGUUUCGCAAGGUCAUAUACCGAAAAGUGUCGAUAGAGCCAUGGACAAGGCUAGUGCAAAUGCGAAGGCUGCCCCCGUCGGAAUCUCUAUUCGCAAUGGACCUGUUUUGGACGAUCCUAUGGAUGUAGAUGGGCCAGCUACAAAUGGCGCUUCAAAGCGGAAAUCACGAUCGAGCAUUGGUAACGGAAAAGCUGUAAACUACAAGGUGGAUGGUAGCGGCAGUGAAAGUGAAGAAGUGCCAUUGGCGAAACGACAAAGAACAUCCAACAAGAAGAAAGUCGCGGAUUCCGAUUCAGAUGAUGAUAUGCCUUUGGCUGGCAGGCGCAAUUCUAAACUACCUCCCAAAGUUUCGGCCGCUGCCAUUGGAGAGUCAUCUUCAGAUGAUGAGCCACUCACCGUUAAACUUUCCAAGGAGAAAGCUUCCAUCGAAAAGCACGCCGAGAAGGAAGCAAAAGCCUUGCGAGCAAAGAAGGCAGCACCCAAAAAGGCCAUCAAGAAAGAAGAAUCCGAUAGCGACGACGAUGUUGCACCCAAAAGGCGGAAGUCCAAUGGUGCGGCCACGAAAAAGUCCAAUGGCGUCAAGAAAGAGGAAUCAGAUUCCGAUGCGCCUCUUGCAAAGAAGGCUGCUCCGAAGAAAGUAAAUGGCACAGUGAAGGCGGAACCAGAUACAAAGAAGAGCAAGGCCAAGAAGGAGGAAAGCGAAGAAGCAGAUGAGGUUUAUCGUUGGUGGGAUGCACCCAAGAAGGAGGAUGACAGUAUCAAAUGGGAGACAUUGCAACACAAUGGAGUUGUCUUCCCUCCAGAAUACGAGCCACUCCCAAAGAACGUCAAAUUGAGGUAUGAUGGGAUCCCGCUUACUCUGUCUCUAGAAUCGGAAGAAAUUGCCGGCUUCUUUGGUGCUAUGUUGAAUUCAACCCACAACGUCGAAAAUCCAACCUUCCAGAAGAACUUUUUCAAGGAUUUCACCGAUUCUGUUAAGAAAACUGGAGGUGCCAAGGAUAAGGACGGAAACAAAGUUGCUAUCAAGGAUUUUAGUAAGCUCGAUUUCAAGCCAAUUUUCGAGUAUUAUGAUGGCAAGAGUGCCGAAAGAAAGGCUCGGUCUGCAGCUGAGAAGAAGGCCGAGAAAGCGCUUAAAGAUGAGGCCGAAGCACCAUAUAAGACUUGUAUCUGGGACGGGCGCAAGGAAGAUGUGGGAAAUUUCCGUGUCGAACCUCCUGGACUGUUCCGUGGUCGCGGUGAGCAUCCAAAGACUGGUAAAGUCAAGCUCAGAGUUACUCCCGAGCAAAUUACUAUCAAUAUCGGCAAAGACGCCACUGUUCCCUCUCCUCCAGAGGGUCACAAGUGGAAGGCUAUCCAACAUGACAAUAAGGCUACCUGGCUUGCUAUGUGGCAGGAAAAUAUUAACGGUGCUUACAAGUAUGUUAUGCUUGCAGCAAAGAGUAGUAUCAAGGGCCAGAGCGAUUUCAAAAAGUUUGAAAAAGCUCGUGAAUUGAAGGAGCAUAUUGAUCGAAUCCGAAAAGAUUACACCCAGGAUCUCAAAGCUGAACUCAUGGCCGAUCGACAACGAGCCACUGCAGUUUAUCUCAUUGAUAAGUUUGCCUUGCGUGCUGGUAAUGAAAAGGAUGCGGAGAAUGAAGCGGAAACUGUUGGAUGUUGUUCCUUGAAAUAUGAGCACGUCACUUUGAAGCCCCCAAAUACCGUCAUUUUUGACUUCUUGGGAAAGGAUAGUAUUCGUUUUUACGAUGAGGUAACAGUUGACCCUCAAGUCUUCAAAAAUUUGAAGAUUUUCAAGAAGGCCCCAAAGAAGAAUGGCGAUGACAUUUUUGAUCGUCUCAAUACUACACAAUUGAACAAGCACUUAACGAAUUAUAUGCCAGGUCUAAGUGCCAAGGUCUUCCGUACUUACAACGCCUCUUGGACCAUGUCGGACCUCCUCAAGAAACUUAAGAAUAGUGACAUUUCUAUGCAAGAGAAGAUCAAGCUAUAUAACGAUUGCAAUCGCAAGGUCGCCAUUCUUUGUAAUCACAAACGUACAGUCGGUGCUAGUCAUGAAGCUGCAAUCGAGAAGAUGGAUGAUGCAGUGAAGGGUCUCAAGUAUCAGAAAUGGCGCCUAAAGCAAAUGAUUCUCGACAUCGAUCCAAAACAAAAGAAGAAGAAGGGUGCUGAUUGGUUCGCUUUGGAUGAAGAGCUUGAUGAAUCUUGGAUUCAAGAGCAUCAAGCCUUCCUCGUUGCUCAAGAGCGUAUCAAGAUCGAAAAGAAGUUUGCAAAGGAGAACGAGAAGCUUGUAUCCGAGGGUCAAAAAGAAAUGAAGACCAAAGAACUCAACGAACGUCUCCAAGCCGCUACAGAUUUAGAGAAGAAGUUUAAAAAAGAGAACAAGACGAAGAAGGUUGAAGCUGAAGGCAAAGGACCUAGCGUCGAGAAGUUCGAGGCCAAUAUUACAAAGAUAGACGAAAGAAUCGCCAACAUGCUUCUCAAGCGUGAAGACCGAGAGGGUAACAAGGAGGUUGCGCUCGGUACCAGUAAAAUUAAUUAUAUCGAUCCGCGUCUCACCGUCGUCUUCUCCCAGAAGUUUGACGUACCGAUCGAGAAGUUCUUCUCCAAGACUCUCCGUGAGAAGUUCGCCUGGGCCAUUGAUUCUAUUAAGGAUGAGGACGACUGGGAGUUCUAA